GCUGCUUUUAAAUUUUCACAAAAAUCACACGGGCCUGCAUCUACCAAUCAUCAAUCACUACCUGGCAGCCUUUUCUGGCCCGAGCUGUCACGGUGCUAGUGCUACCACCACCGCCCGGCGUCACGUCUCGCGCAGCUCCACCAAGAACGCACCAAACCCGGUGGAGGGGCCACGCCGAGCCCGCGAUGCGGCGGUGGCGCAGCCUCGCCGCCGCGGGCGUCCUGCUGGCAGCCCUCGCCGCCGCGCUGGCGCUCACCGUGGCGGGGCUGCGGCCGACGGCCGCGGAGCGCGGGCAUCCGUCGGCCACCGACGCCAACCGGCCGCCGCUGCGGUUCGGGUCGGGAGGGUCGUUCAAGGUGGCGCUCUUCGCGGACCUGCACUACGGCGAGGACGCGUGGACGGACUGGGGCCCCGCGCAGGACGCCGGCUCCGACCGCGUCAUGGCCGCCGUCCUCGACGCCGAGAAGCCCGACUUCGUGGUGUACCUCGGCGAUCUCGUGACGGCGAACAACCUCCCGAUCCCCAACGCGAGCCUCUACUGGGACAGGGCGGUUUCCGCGGCCAGAGGCAGGGGGAUCCCGUGGGCGGCCGUGUUCGGGAACCACGACGACAUGCCCUUCGAGUGGCCGCCCGAGUGGUUCUCCCCCGACGGCGUUCCACCGCUGCGCUGCCCACCGACGAGCAUGUCGGCUUCAGGUGCGGAUCAAGGAUGCAGCUUUCGAGAGACUCCGCGGAUUGACCUCAUCACAGCAGAGAUCAGCAAGAACAGGCUGUCCUACUCAUCGAACGGCCCCAAGGACCUGUGGCCCGGCGUCACCAACUACGUCUUGCAAGUGCUCUCACGCUCCCACGACGAUCCGGCUCUGCUCAUGUAUUUCCUUGAUUCCGGCCUUGAUUCCGGCGGAGGAUCGUACACGGAGGUCUUAUCCAGUGCUCAGGUCAAGUGGUUUCAGAGCCAGUCUCAGUUUCUGAAUCCAAAUGGAAGGAUCCCUGAGCUGAUCUUUUGGCACAUACCAAGCACAGCGUAUGUCAAGGUAGCUCCAAAGGCCAAAUCUGAAAUAAGCAAGCCCUGUGUUGGCUCUAUCAACAAGGAGGAUGUAGCGCCACAAGCAGCUGAAUGGGGUAUGAUGGAUGCUCUUGCAAAGAGGCCGUCAGUUAAGGCAAUCUUUGUUGGGCACAACCACGGGCUGGACUGGUGCUGCCCGUAUGAGAAAAUUUGGCUAUGUUUUGCACGGCACACCGGUUAUGGAGGUUACGGUAACUGGCCCAAAGGAGCAAGGAUCAUUCAGAUAACUGAGAACCCAUCCUCGACUGUGUCAUGGAUACGGAUGGAAAACGGGACGAAUCUGCCUGAAUUUCAUGUACAGAGGAUAUUUUUUUAAAAAAAAAGAAAGGAAAAAAAAAGAGAAACAGAGGACUGAGUGGUUAUUUUCUGUAAAUUACAAAGUGUGUGUGAGCCCUGAUUUUUUUUUGUGGAAAAAAUGAUGGGGUUGCAUUCCUAUUUAGUUGAAAUAAUGGUCGCGUGAUAAAUCAUC